AUGGCAGCAGAAGGCACAGGGCACUUCGCAAAGAGGAAGAAAACUUCUCUUUGGUUCACUGUUGCUUUGUUGGUAGUAUCUACUUUCAUACUGACCAUAGGCCUUGCGGCUACCACAAGAACAGAAAAUGUAACCGUGGGAGGCUAUUACCCAGGAAUAAUUCUUGGCUUUGGAUCCUUCCUAGGGAUUAUUGGUAUCCAUCUGGUGGAGAACCGGAAACAAAUGCUGAUAGCAUCCAUCGUGUUUAUCAGCUUUGGAGUGGUAGCAGCUUUCUGUUGUGCAAUAGUUGAUGGUGUGUUUGCAGCACGACACAUAGAGCCUAGGCCUUUAUAUAAUAAAAGGUGCCAGUAUUAUUCGAGUGGAAUAGGAUUCCUCUAUGAUGCCUAUCAGACAGAGGUGACAUGUUACACCUUAAACAGUAAAUGCCAGCUGAGAGUGAAGAGCAACACAUGCUACUGUUGUGACUUGUACAACUGUGAAAACUCAGAACACUCCACCAGCUAUUAUGAGUUCCUUGGCGUGAACAGUUGUCAGGAUGUGGUUCACCUGUACCGGCUGCUCUGGUCCUCCACUGUCUUGAACAUCAUUGGCUUGUUUCUUGGCAUAGUUACUGCAGCAAUACUUGGUGCAUUUAAAGAUGUGGCACCCAUGUCCCAAAUUGCCUUCAGCUCUGCUCCUCCACCACAGAUCCUCUAUAAUCCAGCUCAGCAGAUUUUGACGUACACUGGAUUCUGUCCUUCUGCAGCAGCUGUUCCUCAUUAUCCAUCCUAUCAUUUACCUCUUCAGCCCACCAACAAUUUCCCAACAUCCUCAUCUACCGAUAUUUCCUUAUCUGAUGACACCCAGCCACCAUCUCAGUCCAGCUCCAACUAUGGCCUUCCUCCCAAUGCCCCUCCGUUAUAUACACCAACCUAUUUCCUGUCUGGUGAAAAGCCUCCACCAUACGUCCCAUAA